AUGAAGACAGUGACGGAGACCGUGUACGUUAUCAAAGUGAAAACGAAACCACCAUUGUCGUCUUUGUAUCCAUCAGAACGUCGUUAUUCAGCAUCAACAGUCGGUGGACUGUCCUUGGUCCACUUAGGUCUCGGAGCACUGUCUCUCUUCUUGGGCACUCUCGCCUUGUCCUUUCAGGGUCCGAUUUUGUUUAUUGCAUGCCUGGUGCCGUUCGUGACAGGUCUCCUCGCUUGGCGACGUUGGUACAUCGACCGGAACAUUGCUAUUUUCUUUUACGGUAACCUCUUCUCCCUGGUAGCAGCGAUCUUCUGCUUCAUCAUCACGAUCUUCGACGUUGCGGCAGCUUCCAACAGCAGUCGUGGAUUUCUGUGGCCGUUGGAAAAAACCCUCGAUGCUCGGCAUUAUUCGCUUCAUCCUACCAAGAAUCUUACAAACAAUACUCAUGCAGAUAUUAUGUCAACCGAGGAUUAUUCAUUCAACUUCACUGAAGAUUAUGAUUAUUUGAAGAUUAAUGAUUCUAAUAAAUUACCUGUCACUUUAAAAUCUCCAAGCAACGAGUUUAACACAUCAAACUUUCAUAUUAAUGAUGAAGUUCACAAUAAUCCCACGAUGACAGAAGCAUCGUUCAUACUUGAAGAAAGGAUGAUGAUAUCCAGAGUAAUUUUCCACAAUAAAAGCACGAUAAAUAUUACACAAGGAUCAAUGAAUUUAACAAAGGACAAAACUCAGAUCUUCUGGCACAGAGAUUUUGAGAACUCGCAUGCCAGAAUGCUGCUGACCUUAAACGUCUUGAUGGCUUCUUUUUUAGAGAUCUUGUGGUCGCUGUUAAGCGCAAAAAUUGCGUUCUGCGGAAUGAUAAAUCAACUACCGGAAAACAGUAAUGUCAACAUUGUCAAAUCAAAGACGACAAGAUUGCCGCAGCAAAAGAGAAAACCCCCAGCACCCAAACCGGAUAUUUUGGAUCACGAUCGCCGACUGUCGGAAGCUUUUCAGAAUUUGCAAGGACUCGCUGAUAUCGGUUCGCGAUUACCAUUGCCAGAAUCUAAUAAGGAAUUUAGGGAAAGAGUUGAGAGAUUCCUGGCAAAUCAGGCAACAGAUAGAGUUGUUGAAUGUGCUUGA